CAGUUCCCUUGCGGUCGAGUCAAGCGUUUCCUCAAGAACAACACUCAGAACAAGAUGCGCGUUGGUGCUAAAGCUGCCGUCUAUGUCACCGCCGUCCUCGAAUACCUUACCGCCGAAGUCCUCGAGCUCGCAGGCAAUGCCGCCAAGGAUCUCAAGGUCAAGCGUAUCACUCCAAGACAUCUCCAACUUGCCAUCCGUGGUGACGAGGAACUUGAUACUCUGAUCCGUGCUACGAUCGCCUUCGGUGGUGUUCUUCCUCACAUCAACAGAGCGCUUCUUCUCAAGGUCGAGCAGAAGAAGAAGAGCAAGGCCGAGUAG